UAUUUCACCUAAAACUUUCCUCUCAAAAAACUUGUAUCUACAAUACUUCAUUACCCAUCUUUCCUCGGUUUUAGAUGAAAGCAGUCAUGGAAUCAGAUUCAGCUGAUACAACUCAAACUGAGAGCAAUCCUCAGCGCAACAAAAUAACUCUUAAAACAAGGAGCGAAACAGAUAUUCUUGAUGAUGGGUACCGCUGGAAGAAGUAUGGUCAGAAACAAAUAAAAAAUAGCCUGUACCAGAGGCUUUAUUUCAAAUGCACAGUAAGAGGGUGUGUGGUGAAAAAGAAAUGCCAGCGUUGUGAUGAUGAUCCUCUAUUCGUUCUCACAACAUAUGAAGGGACUCAUAACCAUUCAUCUGAUAAUAUUAUCUCUUCUGAGUUAAGAAAUUCAUAUGACUUGCGAAAUCAGCUCCUUCAAGCAGAGGAUUCUGCCGAAGCUUCUGCAAAUACCUUCGAAUAGAUCUUUGGUUAGUGAAAUUCGGGCCUUGCAAUAGAUUUUAGUCUGCAACAACUUUUCUUAUUUAUAUCACGCUCUUUAUGCUUUGUGGGUGGGUUGAUACUGAGCUACAAGACAUCAUCUUGUAAGCCUCUUGUGGGAAUAUGGUCUUGUAUGUGAAAACCCAGUGAGAAAAUCAGUGUAAUCUGAUUGUUUUCUAAGCAUUUAACACAUAAAUUCUGUUUCUAGACCUUUUUGCCAGAAAAGAAUGAUUGAGAUGUAGAUAUCUCAAGCAAAACAGGAAAGAACAAUAUAUUGCUCAUCUUUUAAUUGGAUCUAACCAGGCCUGGAAUUUUAUGGUCAACAUGGUCUGUUAACUGUUUUUUUUAACAAUUUUCAAAGUUA